CUAGAAGCCGAGUGCGGAAGUGGAAACGGCACUGUGCGGGCUCAGGGUUCCGCCUGUGGACGGCUUGCCAGAUCCUCCCGCCGACACAGCCUGAUAUCCAUCAAAGUUAACCGUUUUUAAACAGCAGAGACCCCCGGGGAGAGAUGGCUGGACGGUUACCGGCGUGUGUUGUCGACUGCGGCACAGGUUACACCAAACUGGGGUAUGCAGGGAACACAGAGCCACAGUUCAUCGUUCCAUCAUGUAUCGCCAUCAAAGAGUCAGCCAAGGUCGGAGACCAGGCCCAGCGGAGAAUGAUGAAAGGGGUGGACGACUUGGAUUUCUACAUCGGAGAUGAAGCAGUCGACAAGCCCACGUAUUCCACUAAGUGGCCAAUCCGCCAUGGGAUUGUGGAGGACUGGGACCUAAUGGAGCGCUUCAUGGAGCAGAUCAUCUUCAAGUACCUGAGGGCUGAGCCUGAGGACCACUACUUCCUCCUGACAGAGCCUCCUCUCAACACACCAGAAAACCGAGAGUACACAGCUGAGAUCAUGUUUGAGUCCUUCAAUGUACCAGGGCUGUACAUCGCUGUGCAGGCUGUGCUUGCUCUGGCAGCCUCCUGGACAUCCAGACAGGUGGGAGAGAGGACGCUGACGGGCACCGUCAUCGACAGUGGAGACGGUGUCACCCACGUCAUCCCUGUGGCUGAAGGUUAUGUUAUUGGCAGCUGUAUAAAGCACAUUCCCAUCGCAGGACGAGACAUCACCUACUUCACCCAGCAGCUCUUGAGGGAGAGGGAGGUGGGCAUCCCACCAGAGCAGUCGCUGGAGACAGCCAAGGCAGUAAAGGAGCGGUUCAGCUACGUGUGCCCAGAUCUAGUCAAAGAGUUCAACAAGUACGACACAGACGGCUCCAAGUGGAUCAAGCAGUACACCGGCAUCAACGCCAUCAGCAAGAAGGAGUUCACCAUCGACGUUGGCUACGAGCGCUUCCUGGGACCUGAGAUCUUCUUCCACCCAGAGUUUGCCAACCCCGACUUCACCCAGCCUAUCUCUGAGGUCGUGGACGAGGUCAUUCAGAACUGUCCCAUCGAUGUCAGGCGUCCUCUCUAUAAGAACAUUGUUCUGUCAGGAGGCUCCACCAUGUUCAGGGACUUCGGCCGCCGUCUGCAGAGAGACUUAAAGAGGACGGUUGAUGCCCGACUGAAGAUGAGUGAGGAGCUGAGUGGAGGCAAGCUCAAGCCUAAACCAAUCGACGUCCAAGUUAUCACUCACCAUAUGCAGAGAUAUGCAGUGUGGUUUGGUGGAUCAAUGUUAGCUUCAACUCCUGAGUUCUACCAGGUUUGCCACACCAAAAAGGACUACGAAGAGAUCGGGCCGAGCAUCUGUCGCCACAACCCUGUGUUUGGAGUCAUGUCUUAACUUUGGACCUCCGAAGUCUAAUAGCCGGGAGGGAGGGGGGGGCGGGUGAUUAAGAUAGGUGGUAUAAAGGUCAGGGAUGGUGGUGCUUCUGUGCUUUUUAAUUAUUCGUUCAGCUAUGGAUGUGAGGGAUGCGAAGGAGAUCCAGAAUAUUAAAAAAAAAAAAAAAAAAAAAAA